GUCUGUUUUGAACUCGUUCGGCCGCCGUACAGAUGUUGUUUGUUUUGUUGAAAUCCAAAAUGGCGGAGGAAGUUGACCGAGUCCGAAUCUCAGCCGCGGAGCUUCGAGCCGAAGCAUUGAGUUUGAUUGAUAUCGGUCGCACUGCAGAAGAUCAGCAGCAGCAGCAGAAGACGAAGAAGUGUGAGGCAAAGGGCCCUCAGCUGAACACCUUCCAGCCAAUGGCUGGACAAGUGAACCGUGGCCAUGACAGUGAGGGAGAGAACACCCCCCCGAGUCUCUGUGGUUCACAGGAGAACGUCAACUCGCCCCAGUCCGACAACAGCAUGGUUCCUGAUGCGUUCUCGGAGGGCCAGAGACCCAGAGCCCGCCCGAGGGGCCGCGGUGGCAACAAACAGAGCGUCAGGAAGGUGGUCGCGGUCGGUGACGCGCCUCCCCCGCCCGCCAAAGAAGAAGCUCAGGGAAACGACUUUGCUGGAACGCAGGAAGAACUCCAAGAGUCCGCCGGCGCCGCACAUCUGAGCCGGAAGGCACGGAAACCGGACCAACAGUUCUAUCGGCCCGGGAGCCGGCGGAGCGCCCAGGAGCGGGAGCCGGGCGCAGACAGGGAGCCGGCCAGACCUCCGCCUGAGAGGAGCUCUCAUUCGGCCCAGGCCCCGCCCCAGAACCACACCCAGGACGGGGCAGGAGGCAAACCCUCGGCCCCCCAGGAGGAAGGAGGGGAGGAGAACAGGGGGAACGGCGGCAAGCCCACCGGCGACAGGCCUAACGACAAGAACCGCAAGAAGGACAGGAGGGAUCCAGACAGACCCCCAUCGCUCCCCACCAGCGAGCCAGCGCCAGAAACCCUCGCCAACAAGGUGGGGAAGCUCAGCCUGAAGGAGAAGGAGGAAGGAGCAGCCGGGAAGGAGGACAUGGAGGCCGGACGCCAAAGAGCGAAGGUGUCCGAGGAGAGUAAGAAAGGAGAAGGAGAGACCCCCGAGAAGAAGAGGGAUAGAGGAAACCGGAGGAGGAGAGGAGGCGAGAGGGAGAAGGACACUCUUUCCGAGACUGGGAGAGGGAGAGUAGCGGAGAGUGGUGGAGGAGAAGGAGGAGGAGGAGGAGGAGGAGGAGGAGGAGGAGGAGGAGGAGGAGGAGAGAGCGAUAGGAAGAAGGAAGCUCCCCCUGAGUCUGGGAGAGUAGCAGAGAGAGGUUGUGGAGGAGAAGGAGGAGGAAAGAGCGAGAGGAAGCGUGACCCUGGUCCAGAAGAGACAACCAGGCGGGCGUCAGAUGGGAUUCAAGGCCAGGAGGCCAGCCAGCCGGCCAAGGGAAGAGACAACAACCGGACCCGGGACAGCCGGAGAGGGGCCGAUAAACCCCACAACAACAGCAGCAGCAGCCGGGCCCCAGACCAGCAGAGAGACGCUGCCGGCGGCAGACAAGAGCCGGCGGCAGCGGCGAGCGGCGAGAGGAACAAACACAACACCAAUAACCCCUCCUCCUCCAAGCGUUACUCAAAGUUGGACAUCCGGCGCACACGAGACCGUACCUACAGCAGCAGCUCGGCCAGCAGCGCCGCCAGCUUCGACCCCCCCAGCGGGGGGAGGAGCGGCCAGAGGACGGCGUUCCAACGGCCGGGGGCGGGGCGCCGCGAGCAGGCCGGGGGGAGGAGGGACCGGGACGGCCGGGCCGCCAACGGGCAGUCGUCCACUGAGUCGCCGGAGGGCAGCGACACGAGCGCUCCCGCCAAGGACAGACGCACUGGGAGGAGAGACGGGGGGGAGAGGGAGAGGGAGAGGGGGGGAGAAAGGGGAGGGCAGAGGGAGAGGGGAGGGGAGAAAGAGAGGGGAGGAGAGGGAGGGGAGAGGGAGCGAGGAGGGGAGAGAGAGAGGGGAGGGGAGAGACCGAGAGAGGAGAGUCACAGAGUGCGGCCGCUGAGGGAGGGGGGGCGGGGCGUCCUGCGUGUGUCCCUGGACCAGCCCCCCGCCCCCCCCCAGAGCGACAGGGGCCCCCAGCCUCCGCCGGGCUCGGCGCCGCGAGGGAGGGGCCGGGGCCUCCUGGUCCUCCCCGCCCACACAGACCUCUCCGGGGGCCCCGAGCCCGGGCCCCGGCUCCUGUUCGGGGGGGCCCGAGGGGCGGCCGUGGGCCGGGGCCGGGGGGGCCGCGGCGGUGGCAGCAGGCGCCUCUGGGACCCCAACAACCCGGAGCAGAAGCCGGCCCUGCAGCGGGGCCCCCAGCUCGGGCCCCUGCCGCCGCCCAUGUUCCUGCAGACGGGCGGCGGCUACGGGCCGCUGCACUUCCUGGACACGGACGACGAGGCGGCGGGGAGCCCGCCCGUCCCCCAGGGGGGGGGGUUUCCCGGCCCGCAGGCCGUCGCCGCCGCCUACUACAAGUUCCAGACCUCGGACGACCCCUACGGCCGCGCCGGGCCCCCGGCGGGCCCCCCCGCCCCGGGGCCCGGCGCCGCGCAGCGCUACCCCUACCCCUACCAGGCGGGCCCGUCCUACUACGGGGGCCCCGCUAACGGCGUGUUACCCGCCCCCGGGGGGUACCGGGCGGCCGGCCACGCCCAGCCGGGGCCCCCGGGGGCCGGGGGGGGGCGGGCCACGCCCGAGGAGGUGGAGCAGCAGAACCGGGGCGAGCUGGGCCGCCUGCUGAGAGGGGCGGACGCCCAAGAGCUGCAGAUCAACAACCUGCUGUCCCGGGACACCCUGAGCGCCCAAGGCCUGGAGCGCAUGGCCCAGCUCAGGUGGGCCGGAGCGCGGCUGCUGGAGGAGCUCCAGAACCUCAAGUCCACCGUGCUGUCUCAGGAGAAGAGGAUAUGUGACCUUGAGAACAAGCUCUCCCAGUACACCAACGGCACGGCCUGA